UCAAAUUCCAACGGUGAAUAACAACAUUUUAAAGAGUGGAUUGUUGUUAGGAUGUUAUAAAUUGUUUGUUUAGUUCUAUCGUUUGUAAUAAUUAAGAAGGGAAACGGAUUUCCAUGUAAAGUUAGUGUUAAAGUGUAUUAAUGUUAAAAUAUAAAUUAAGAUUGUGUCCACCAUGAUUCUAAAAUGGACAACUAUUCUCACAAAUUGGAUUAACUGUUACACAAAUGAAAACGAAAAAAGAGAGCAAAAUAUAACUGGUGAAAAUCUACUCAACAUAUUCACACACAUACACGAAAGUAUCAAAUUAGAUGAUUCAAAGUCUUCCAAGUUCGAAGCAAUCACAAUCCAAGAUUUUAUUGUCGAAAAAUAUCCAGGCUUCAAAUUUGAAAAUGGAACUCUGGAAGCCACAUGCGAGGAAGAAAUUUACAUAGUAGCUUCGCUAUUGUUAUAUUUUAUCUGUGUGAACUCUAAAAAUGCCGAAAUUAAAAGGGCCAUGUGUAGCAAGCUUAGUGCCGGAGACCAGGAGAUUAUAAUGAAAUUUAGCAAAUGUCUAAUGGAUUGUUCUCCUAUUUUGUAUGCAGAUGUUGAAGCAGCUAUUGCAGAGGCGUGCGGACCAGAUACUUCAGCCACGGUGGCAGAGACGCCACCCGCACUCCGUUCGCUGCACGGCGAAGUACGGAGACUGCAGGCCGCAUUGGACGCUGAGCGUUUCGACCGCAACUACUUGCAAGAGGAGCUGUCUAGGACCAACUUAAAGUUGGAGAAACUGACAAAAAUAAAAGAGCAAUACAAGCUUGACAUUGUGAACCUCAAAGCGAAGAUAUCGCUGUGCUGCGGCGAGAAGCGAGAGUCUCACAGGGAGGCCAGAGCGGAUGAGUUUAUAGCGAGACUGCAGCGACAGAUACAUGACUUAGAGACGCGGUUGGAAGACACCCUUAGCCAGUUGGAGGAUGUUCAGCAAGAACGGGAUACUUAUAAACAGAAGGUUACUGACUUAAAGCAAGAACGGGACAAAUGGCUGUCUCUCAGCCAGCAAGAAGCCGACAAGGCCGGUCAGCUGGCCGACCAGCUGGACGCCGAGCGUCGCACCGUCGUGACUCUCAGGGACCUAGUCUCCGAGCUAAGGCAGCAUAACCGCAAUAAUGGAUUAGACUCUAGUAUGCUGGAGUGUGACGACCCUGAUACUAGUAUACAGUCGCUCAGUAAUUUAUCUGUGUGCAAUGAAGUUUGUGCGAAUGUAAUUGAGGUGCAGCUAGGGGAAGAAAGGGCGAAAAUUGAAGUUUUGAAGCAUCAAAUUCAGAGUUUGCAGGAACAACUCGCCAAAGCCAAUCAGAACUUUGAAUCUGAAAAAUUGGCUCUUGAGGCUGUUUUAACUGAAAAAGACACUAAUAUUAACAAUCUAAAACAACGCAUCAAUGAAGAGAUCGAGGAAAAACUUAAUUUAAAGAGUAAAAGCGAACAAGAAAUUGACCAAUUAAACAAAAAUAUAUUAGAUAUGUCACAACAAAUAGAAUACUUAAAAGAAAAUUCAAAACAAGAACUACAACAGAAAGUUCAAGAAUUACAAUUAUUGCAGGAGCAAUUUGCAAAUGAAACUGAAAAUUUAGACAAAGAAAUUACAAACCUUCAGAAAGAUAUUAAAGGACAAAAUAAACUAAAAAAGCAAUGUGAUGAAGAAAUCUUGCAUUUAAACACUAGGAUAGUUGAUGUCUUGCAGACAUUAAACGAUGUAGAGAAAAGUUCGAAACAUGCAUUAGCAGAAAAAGAACAAGAAAUAAGUGCUCUGAAACAGACAUUCACAGAAGAAACCAAGAAAACUAGUAAUACAAUUACUAAUCUUCAAGCAGAGAUGGAAGAACAAAAAUGUUUAAAAACACAAUUCGAACAAGAUAUUGUUGUACUAAACAAUAUAAUAGUUGAAAUUUCGCAGAAUUUAAAGGAUACAGAGGAAAAGUCAAAACAUCAACUAAAAGAAAAAGAACAAGUUAUACACACACUAAAGCAGCAACUGUCAGACGAGACGCAGAAAUCCAGUAAUUGGAUUAACAAACUCCAAGAAGAUUUAAAAGAACAAAUAUACUUAAAAACUCGCUGCGAGGAAGAUAUCGUAGAAUUGAAUAGUAAAAUUGUUAAAAUGUCUCAAAAAAUAAAGGACAUAGAAGAAAAUUCAAAACUUCUAUUAGAAGAAAAGUUUGAAGCAAUCCAAACAAUACAGCAGAAAUUGUCAGAUGAGACGCAUAAAUCGAGUAACAUGAUCAAAGAACUCCGAGAGCAGUUAAAGGAGGAAAAUAUCUCAAAAACACAACGUGACCAAGAAAUUGUAGUGUUGAACAAUGAAAUAAUUGCAAUGAAACAGACAAUAAACACUGUAGAAGAAAACUCGAAGCACCUACUAGAAGAAAAGGAACAAACGAUUCAUAAACUUCAGCAGCAAUAUUUAGAGGAGGCCGAGAAAUCUAGUGACUUGGUUACGGAACUCCAGGAAGAGUUGAAACAACAAAAUAACUUAAAAACACGCUACGAGCAAGAUAUCGUUGAAUUAAACCGUAAAAUAAUGGAUAUGUCAGAGCAAUUAAAAAACGUAGAAGAAAAUUCUAAGCAAACAUUAGAAACAAAGGAACAAGUUAUUCUGGAACUACAACAGCAAUAUUCAGAUGAGACGAAAAAAUAUCUUGAACUUCAAGAAGAGCUAAGAGAGCAAAAGACUUUAAAAGUACGCAGCGAUCAAGAAAUCGUAGAACUAAAUAAUAAAUUAGUUGAGGUGUCACAAACAAUGAAGAACAUUGAGGAACGUUCGAAACUUGUGAUAGAGGAAAAAGAACAAGAAAUUAAGUUGUUACAGGAACAAUAUGCAAUUGAAAUUAAGAAAACGAAUGACUUGAUUUCAGAUUUUCAAGAGGAGAUAAAAGAGCAAAAUAACAUUAAAACUCAAUGUGAACAAGACAUAGUUGAACUAAACAUUAAGAUACUUGAAUUGACACAAACAAUAAACAAUCUAGAGGAAAGAUCAAUACAAACGCUUCAUGCAAAGGAACAAGAAAUGCAAUCUGUUCAACAACAAUUUGAAGAGGAAAUAAAAAAAAUAGAAAUAAAGAACAAAAUUCUUGAAAUCGAGAUUUUAGAAGCAAACAACAGUAAAAAAGCUUGUGACCAAGACAUCGCCAUUUUAAACAAUAAAAUAGAUGAAUUAUCACAAGCAGUAAAAGACAAAGAAGAGAGUUCAAAAUUAGCUCUUGAAGAAAAAGAACAAGAAAAAUGUACACUGCAACAGAAACUUGUAGAACAAACUGAUCAAUCGGAAUUUAUAAUUAAAAACCUUAAUAAAGAACUCGAGGCUGAAAAACAAGCCCAGUUAAGUUUCAAACAAACACAAUUGCAAGAAAAGGAUACCUUUAUUGAGAAACUGGACCAAGAAGUAAAACAUUUAACUGCUUUUGUAUCAAGUCUUGAAGAAAGAUGUCAAAAGAUUAUUGAAGACAACCGCAAAGAGGUUCAUUCACUGAAUCAGGAAAUCGACAGGUUAAAUAAUAAGGCCGUAGAAAUUUCACAAGCAAUUAACGAUUUAGAAGAAAAUUCAAGACUAGCGCUACAAGAAAAAGUGCAAGAAAUACAGACGCAGUAUCAGCAAUUUUCAGCUGAGCGAGAUAAAUCAGAAAAUAUCAUUAAGAAUCUCAAGAUAGAGCUGGAAGCUGAAAAAUAUGCACAGUUAAAGUUAAAAGAAGAUUUUGACAAUCGCAUAAUGAAACUAAAUGAAAAAGUCUUAAACCGAAAUAAUGAGUUAGUAGAAUUACAAAACAAUAUUAUUCAGAAGAGUGAACUGAUCGAAGUGAUACAGUCAGAUUUAAGACGAGAAAAGGAAUUGAGGGAUGAAUUAUCCAAUACAUGCAAUCAUCAACUGUCCUCACUGAAUGAACAGAAAAAAUCAAUUGAAACUGAUCUGCAGCAAAAGUUGCACGAGAUUCAAGAGUUAAAAACGCAAAUCCUCGAAAAAGAAAUAUUAACAGGUAAAUUAAACAAGGAAAAAGAAAAUUUAAGCACUUCUAUUUCAAACUUGGAAGAAAAAUGUAGACAUCGUGAUGGUAUAAUAAAAGAGAAACAGAAAGAAAUUGAAUUUCUCAACGACGUUUAUCAGAAAGAGCAAGAAAAACUCAAUCAUAAAAUCGACGAGCGUAGUGCAUCUAUAAAAUCCUUGCAAAUGCAAUUGCAAAAUGAAAUCCAGUACAAAAUACAACUGCAAGAUGAACUUUCUGAGCUAAAGUCAUCGAAGCUAUCUUUAACUGAGGAGCUUAAUGCAGCAAAGAUUCUGAUGAAAGAUUAUGAAGAGAAGACACUGGAAUGGGAGAAACAGAAAAAUAAUAUGAAAGAGCAAAUACAUUUUGUAACUAAAAAGGUAGAAAAACUUGAAGAAGAGAAGUCUAUGCUGGUCAAGGAAAUUGAAGUUAUUAAGGAGAUUCAAACUGGCGAGGCAAAAGGUCUUGAAGAAAAAAUAAUAAUGUUGGAGAAACAGAAGAUAGAAAUGGACAACAAAAUUCAUGUGAAUAUUGUAGAGGUAAAGAAACUUGAAGAUGAGAAAAUAUUGAUACUAAACGAGGUAGACGCACUUAUAGGUGCUCAAAUCGAGGCAACAAAGAAUCACGAAGAAAAAUUAAUUAUGUGGGAAAAACAAAAGAUUGAAUUAGAUGAACAAGUGCAGGCUAAUGUUCUCAAAGCGGAAAAGAUUGAAGAUGAAAAAACUAAAUUAUUGCACGAAAUUGAAAAGCUUAAAGAAGUACAAAUUGAAGAGUUGAAGAAUCAUGAAGAAAAGACGAAUAUGUGGGAAAAACAGAAAAUUGAAUUAGAAGAACAGGUGCAAGCUAAAGUUCUAAACGUAGAAAAGCUUGAAGACGAAAAAAAUAAAUUAUUGACGGAGAUUAAAAAGCUUAAAGAAGUACACGUGGGUGAAUCUAAGAAUCAUGAAGAAAAAAUACUUGUGUUAGAAAAACAGACUAAUGACUUGAAAGCACAAAUUCAGGCCAACAGCCUUACUAUCGGGAGCCUGGAAGAUGAAAAAGCGUUAUUAAUAAAUGAGGUUGAAGUAAUGAAGGCAACUCAAAUGGGAGAGAUAAGACAUAAUGAAGAGAAAACCAUUACGUGGGAGAAAGAGAAGAUGGACUUAACAGAGAAAAUUCAUGUCAAUGUUGUAAUGGUCAAAGAGCUGGAAAAUGAAAAAGCUUUGUUGUUGAAGGAGAUUGAAGAUCUUCAGGCAGCACGAACAGAAGAGACAAAGUCUCGAGAAGAAAAUGCGAUUAAUAUUAACAAACUCGAAAAAGAAAAGGCAUUAUUAUCAAAGGAGGUAGAAGAUCUUAAAACAGUUCGAAGUGAAGACGCAAAUAAUUAUAAAGAAAAUAAGCUAACGUGGGAGAAGCAGAAUAUGGAAUUCGAUGAACAGAUACAAGCAUUAAUCGCAAAGGUUGAGCACCUAGAAGAUGAGAAAGCGUUGUUAUUAAAGGAAAUGGAAGCAUUAAAGAUCAUACAAGCAAAUGAGGCGAAGGAACAUAAAGAUAACACGUUGGCAUUGGAGAAACAACCUAAUGAAUUGAAAGUCCAAAUACAAGAGAACAAUGUUAAAAUGGAGAAACUUGAAGAUGAAAAAACUGCGUUGUUGAAGAAGAUAGAACUGGUUAAAGUUACGCUAAGUGAUGAGGCCAAGGUUUAUGAAGAAAAUAUGCUUAUAUUGAACAAACUGAUGAACGAUAUGAAGGAGCAGAUACAAGAUAGUGUUCUGAAUGUAGAAAAACUGCAAGAGGAAAAAGAAAUGUUAUUAAAGGAGAUGGAAACACACAAGACAGUUGAAAGUGGGGAAAUGAAAGACCGCGAAGAAAAAGCACUAUUGUGGGUGAAGGAAAAGAUGGAAUUGAACGAAAAAUUGCGGGAAAAUACACUUAAGGUUAAGAAACUUGAAGAAGAAAAGGUGAAAAUGACCAAGAAGAUAGAGGAACUUAUAGGGACACAAACAUAUGCAUGCUUCAAAAAGGAACACGAAGAAAAGAUACAAAGUUUGGAGAAACAAGAGACUGAACUGAAGGAACAAAUGAAGGCUGAUGCUCUGAAGGUUGAAAUGCUUGAAAAAGAGAAGACAAUGCUAUUAAAGGAGCUAGAAGCUCUAAAGGCAGCUCAAAAGGAGAUGCUGGCGGCAGCAUCACAAGAAAAAACAACCGGAACUAAACAUAACAGCUGGGAAAAGGAAAUUCAAGGCAUGCAUCAGGUAGAUACCACAACAUCUGAUCUUGGUCACUCUUCCAUGGAAAGUCUCAAAACUAUAUCGGACUUAGAAAAGAUCAUUCAGGACAAGAACCGAAAAAUAACCUCCAUGCAGAUAGAAAUUUCUUACAUCAAAUCCAUGAUGGCCGAGUCCGGGCUCAAGCUUAUUGAUGUUACUAAUGAGUUAGAGGUUAGUAAGGACACUUGUCAAGAAUUGUCCUCGCAGCUGAAGAAAAUAGUUUAUCAGAAAAAUGAAGAGAUCUCUGAGCUCAAGCGGCAAGUCGCCAAAAUGAGCGCUACAGAAAACCGCGCCAGUCAAAUCAUCAGGUUAUCAGCCAAAUAUCAAGCCAUGAUACUGAAAAGGAUUGCAGAAAUUAAGUCAAGCGCAGUAUUAAAGGAGUUAACCAAUUUCGGAAACCAAAAUUCCAACGGCGACGACCUACGGCGAAGCAUCGGCUCCGUAACUAUGGAGGAUUUAGAAAACUUCCUAGAAACUACUGAUAGACAUCUCAAACGGUGUUCAGAGAAGCAGAUGACCCUCCAAAAGGACCGAGACCGUCUUACAGAAGUUAAUAGAAUAAACGAAUCAGAGAUAAUCAACAUGAAGAAGUUCUUAACGGAGAUGUCCGUUAGUUUUAGAACGUUUACUACAGUGAAAGAAGUUUACAACCAGAAAUUGUCUAAGAUCGUGUCUCUACAGCGGACAGUAAGGCGGGACAUAUUGAGUUUAGAUGGACGAAUAACGGAAGCUACAAUGUGUAAACUGGAACGCGGGUACGCCGCGGUGAUGCAGGAUCUUUCAGAGUGUGCAAUGAAUUUGGAGCGCUGGGUGGACCGUAGCGUCAGCAGAAUGCUUUCCGCGGAGAAAAUAAAGCAAGCAUUUACUAGCGACUUAGAACAGGCCUCGCUCUCCACAAAUAACUAUCAGAAUGCGGCCGUGGAAGUGCAGUUGAGUGAGUUAGAAAACUCCUUCCAAAAGCUUCUGGUAGAGAUUGGCAGAGCGCAGAAAGGAGAGGGUGCAAGGAGCGCCCAAGAGGUCACCAUAAUGGAAGUCCGCGCCGAAUACGAGGACAAACUCAACAGAAUGAAGGCUAAAAUGAAAGAGCUGUUCCAUGAAGAGAUGGGUAGACUGAAGCAGAAGCAAGCGGAUGAAAUAGCAAUACUGGAGAGAGAAUUAGUGAAAUGUAAGGAGAAGAUGGCAGACUCGAGUAAAGCGUAUGAAGAGCAUAUUCGGGCGCUUACGACGGAGCUGUGGAGUGUGGGAGAGAAGUUUUUGGUGAAGCAGGAGGAAGCUGAUUGGUUGAGGAAGAAGCAGUCGGGAUCGCUUAUGUCGUUGCAGCAUGUGCAUUCUUCCGGACUACAUACUCAUGGGCAUGGCCAAGAAAUGUUUGGACGACCAUCAGAUACGUAUUCUCUGCGAUCUCUUCCUGUUCACAAUAAGAAAACAGAGACGCGCGGUCUGCACAUGUCGGACGAGGAAGGCGAAGUGUUCGAUAACCGCUUCCUGAAGGAGCUGUCGGCGACGCCGCGCGCCUCGCUCUUGCCCGGCCUCGCGCCCGGCCAGCGCGUGUCGGAGCUCAAGCGCCGCAACUCGCUCGUGCCGCCGCAUCUCAAGAGUUCAUACCCGGCUGAAAUGCAGUUCGCACCCACAUUGGACGAGGAGGAUAUUAAGUGUGCCAGUACAAGCUUCUCGAUGGGCCGACAGCCAAGGAAGGAAGUAGGCAUCACCGCCUACAAGAAGCCUGGCCCGCCCACGCCCAGCAAGCAGGCCGGCCGCCUCUCCGCCACGGAUUGUGAGCUCCGCGAGUCCCUGCGAGUGGAGGCGGACCCGGGCCGCAAGACAAGCACGCCGUCGCGGAUCCGCUCGCUGUUCCGCUCCAACAGAAACGAUACUGAUAUGGUAACGCCUCGCAGUCGAAGAUUUAGUAGUAUUUUCAGAAAGAAAUAAUGACUUACUGUGAUUUGUGUUUUUAUAGUGCCUAUUAAUGUCGGUUAUUAAUAAUUAUAUGAUUAUAAUGGAAUUUUAUUAAAUUAUUGACAU